ACACAUUUCAUUGUUUAAUUCAUUGCACAAUACCAGUCCGAAAGGUAGGUGGAUGGUAUAAAUAGGUAACUUUAUUUUGUGCAGAUGAUAUACUUAAUUCAGUGGAUCUCAAUUGCAACUACAUAAAAUCAAGAUGGCCAAGUUGUUCUUGUUGUCAGUUUUCGUGAUUUCCGUCGGUGUGGUAUUAGGAGAAGGAGAGGAUUGUAGGAAGGAGUUUACGAAAAUGAUGGAAACCUCGAAAGCAAUAGUUGACAAUAAGGAAGCACCGAAGUGUAUGGAGGAUUUGGAACUAACCCAGUAUAACUGUGGUGGAGACAAAGAAAAGGGAAAAGAACUUAUGGGAAAGUUCGUAGAAAUGAUGAAAGAAAAAGAUGAGGCUGGCAGACAAGAAGUUAAGGACUGCAUGGCGGAACACAACAAAAAAGUCAUGGAAAUAAGUCCACUCAGCGAGAAAUGCGGAAAGAUGUUCGAAGCUAUGAGGCAGAAAAUGGAGGAGAAGAUGAAGGAAUAAAUAAAUCCAUUAUAUGUUAAGAAAAACAACAUUUUAAAGAAAUGUCAGCGCAUUAUUAUUGGCGAACAAAACAAUACAAACAUUUUUGUGUACAAAAACAAAUAAAUAAUGUAGCCUUAGAGCCGU